GAGUCUUGGUAUUGCAAACGUUAGAACCAUGAAGAACCUAUUAUGCUUCGUAGUGUUGUUGUCCGUAACAGCAAUAAAUCUCAUUGAUGCUGCUUGCUUAAAGUUUCCUAAUGUUACAAACGCUCAGUUCAAUGAAAACUGUGGAGAUGUACUAUUGACCUGUGAAAAGGGAUACACAAUGCAACUAGGUAUGGAAUGUGUAGAUGGAGAAUGGAAAUAUCAAGAACCAUUCUGUAAACCCCCAGAAUGUUAUUUCGAAUAUACAAAUAAUACAUACAUAGAUCCUUACUAUUUCAAUGCUACAGAAGUUAUGAACAUGACGGAAUGUGAUGAAAUCUGUAGAAACAACACCCACUGUAGCUUUAGUAAAUUGGAUGAAUGCUACGAAUAUAGAAAUAACAUAAUAUUACAUCCUAUAUCCUUUGUUGAGAUAAUAAAUAUCAAGAACCAGAAGGAAUGUGAUGAAGAAUGUAAGAACAAUACCCGAUGCAGCACAGCAAGAGCGGAUUCUAGGUUUUGUGCUCUAUUUUCAACACCACUCAUCUCGAUAUCUGUGUUUACAGAUCUGAAUCAAUGUAUAGAAAAGUGUAACCAAAUGAAUGAAUGUUUACUGUUGAGUUAUUUGGGAAAUAAGGGAGAUUGUUUUAUAUAUAACGUAACCCUUCACAACAUACCUGAAACUUUCCGUAGAGGCCCAUCAGAUGGCGAUACUAUAGCAGAAAAAUAUAUCUGUAAUUAA